AUGUCACAAUUCUUCCAAGUGAUGGGCGGAUCCCGGGCGGACAGGACAGGAGGGUCUAAGGAGGAGGAGGUGGAGCUGAUGCUGGGUGCGUCUGGCCAGAUCCAAGUGGCGUGGAGCUCGGAGUCUGGAGUACUCCGAGCUUGCUAUCGCUAUCGGCAGCUGAUGGCUACGGCGAUAAUUGCCGAUAUCUGGCGACUGAUCGGGUUCCUAGGGCUUGUCAUAUGUGCGCCACUACUACUGCUCGGAUCAGGAAGUGAGGGACGAGAAAGGGAUCCAUCGUGGUCAGGAUACUAUAAGGACAAUGGAACUCAUUACUUGCUGUACGGAAAGCCGGAAGAUAUCGCACCAAUACCCAACUUUGUAAAUAUAUCCUCGAAUCCUUUCAUCAACGCCCUGGAAGCCCAGGAAAGUUUUCCGACAAGAAUCGUCAAUGGCAAAAGGAUUCCGUGCACAGAAGCUCCCUUCCAGGGAUCCCUGCACUACGAAGGAUACUUUGUUUGUGGCUGUGUGAUCAUCAAUAAAAUUUGGAUCCUAACUGCCCACCACUGCAUUUUUGGACCACAGCGCAGCUCAGAAAAGUACACCGUGCGAGUUGGAUCGGAUCAACAGAGACGAGGUGGUCAGUUGCGUCAUGUGAAGAAGAUCGUAGCGUUGGCGGCCUACGAUGACUACACCAUGCGACACGAUUUGGCCAUGAUGAAACUGAGCUCACCGGUCUACUUUGGCAAAUGUGUUAGGCCUGUCAAGCUACCCUCCACCAAAACAACAAAAUUUCCCAAGAAAUUUGUAGUCAGCGGAUGGGGUCUUACCUCGGCUAAUGCCCAGAAUGUCCAACGCUAUCUUCGCCGCGUGCAACUCGACUAUCUAAAACGGUCAAAGUGCCAAAAAAUGUACAAAAAAGCCGGGCUGAAGGUAUACAAGGACAUGAUCUGCACCAGUCGAACGAGCAAGGAUAGCUGUUCCGGAGAUUCUGGUGGUCCGCUGACCAGCAGUGGCGUCCUUUAUGGAAUUGUGUCCUGGGGCACUGGUUGCGCCAACAAAAACAAUCCCGGUGUUUAUGUCAACUGCAAACGAUACGUUCCUUGGAUUAAAAAAGUCAUUCACAAAUAUUAA